CAAAUAGAUUAUAAUUAAGUGCUUAAAAAUAACAGUGAAUAAAAAUGUUUUUAUUGCAAUGUUACGUACAUAACCAAACUGGGUAACCUAUUAACCAACCCUACAUUUUAAUCUAUUACGUUUAAAACUUUUAUAUUUAUACAAAAGUUUUUUAACAUGAACAUGUUGUCAGCACAAAUGCCAAAAAAUACUAUUCAGUGUCUUAGGAUACUUAGGAUAGCACAGAACUAUCAAACUGUAAGUGCUGCUUGCUACACUACUACAGUAGAUGUCCUUGACAUCUUCACGAAAGAACUUUUACAACGCCACAGAUGCAGGUUAAGAAAUAACCCCUUAGAGGUUAAGAACCUUUCAAUUAGGUACUUCAUGGACUCGGAAAACUCUCAAAAGGACAUUAAGAAUAUGACUACUGAAGAAUUAGAUGAAGUUGUACUUCAAUAUAUUGCAAAGAACAAAGAUACCAAAAUAAUAGAUUUAUUAAGAGAUCUCAUCAAGCAUCAUAAACAUAUAAGUGAUAUUACAGUAAAGAAGUUGUAUAGAAACUAUAGUAUUGCUGGGAAAAGUGAUAUCAUAGUAUUGCUGCAGAAAUAUUCUUUUAAACUAUACCCACAAAUGCACAAACAAAAUGGUGAAUUUAUGCACUAUCUUGCAACAGCGCAAUGUAUGAGAGGGAAUUCAGAAAAAGGUCUAUCAAUACUUGCAGAUUGUUACAAAAACAAUGAACAAUUACGGGGUUUUUAUCGACUCAUUUUUAGAGAAUUAAUACAGGAUUCUGUACUAAAUAGGUCUGAAGCAUCUCUAGUAAUUUUCAAGAAAUAUGUAUUGGAAUUCAGUGAGAAGUUUGGUGAUCAUUACCCACUGAUAUGUUUCUGGCAUUUGUGCUGGUCAAGCUCAUGGUUUUCUGAUCAGACUCUAUCUACUGAAUUGCUAGAAAAUUCUGUAAAAUUACAGGAGAUUAUUAGAGACAGGGCUACAGCAUUCAGCAUCACAAUCUUACGGGAGGAGUUCAACGAAGAUGCGGUUCUUCGAUUACUUCAGACACUUCUCAAGUAUGAUAUGAUAGAGGAGUACGGAAAGGUCUUGCAGGUUCUGUUUAGUUAUAAAAUAAGAAUUCGAGAUAUAAGAGGCUGUACAGAAAUCAUCCGAAACUGCGAAACAUUAGGCAUCGCACUGCCAUCAAACCAACAAAAAAGAUUUAUAAAAAUGCUUAUUAAUGGCAAACAUGGACCUGAUAGUAAACCUGCUAAGCCGUCACUCAAGAACUUCAAAUUGAAGUUUUAGUGUAGAAAUUGUGUUUUUAUUUAUGAAUAUGGUGUGAGUCCGAAGGAAAGGGCUGCAAUAUUUUUAAGGGAUACCCAUGAAUAACAACAACGCUUCAAAGGACUUGCCAUAGUAACCCCUCUGAAUUCAUGGAAAUAAAUUACGAAUUCCCAGGCGAGGUGCAACCUUUGCCGCGAAAGAGUAUUAAAACCUGUGUUCCGUCUUCUGAGAGUCUUCAUCCUCGACACGAAUUGCCAUGGCCGAUCUGGAAGUCUAUAAUUAAGCUUCGGAUUUUCGGAUUUCUAACCUGAAUGGUUUGUGCGGUGCGAUUCAAACUAUGGCCCAUCUCAUAUCGUGUCCUGCAUGCCCUAAUACUUGCACGCUUGAGGAUUUAAUGGCGGCUACUAGUGAAGCGGUCUGCGUGGCUGAGUUCUGGGCCACAAUAGCACCUAUAGUGUAUGUCAUCAAUACGAUAAGAAGAAUAAUUAUAUAUUCCAUACAUACAUUCGGAUCGAGUCCAUUAAGUAUGGAACAUUUCACCUUUCCAUCGGUCGCUGCAGAGACUAUAAAUGGGGAUUCAGGGAAUCUAAGCCAAUGUGACUGCGGUGCUUCAACACAGUUCAUGCAGCAUUGGUUUGCCCUCGUGCCCAAACACCUGUAUUCUGGAGAGUGUCAAUGCACUCAAAGACUGUGCAAUCAAGGUGGCAACAUAAUACUCAGACUCAUAUAAUCCUAAAUAAAGAAUAUCAUGUGGUAAGAACCUUGUUUUUUAUCAAAUG